GGGGGAAGCCGUGAGUGCUCCGAGGUUCUCCUUCCGCCGUCUGUGUGUGCGCAGAGCAGUCUGAUAUCGCUGGGAGGAAAAUGUCGUGUGGGCUGCGGAGAGAGACCCUGGCUCUGGCAGAGGACUACCUGUCCCUGCGCUGCAGAAGCCCAUGUCCGGCUCCUCCACCUCCCAGCGAGUCAGCCGCUGCCAUGAGGCACAUGGCCCAGGACCUGGAGAAGCAGCACCAGGCUCGCUUCCAGUCCCUGGCCCAGACCUUCCUGAGGCAGUGCGGGCCGGACCGCUGCGUCAGCCUUCGGCAGGUCAUGGAGGAGAUUGUCGGAGAUGGACACUUGAACUGGGGGAGGGUUGUUUCCAUUUUCACCUUUGCUGGGGUGGUGGCCAGACUUAUGCUGGAACAGAAAGACGUCACUAAGGGGCUGGACCCCGGGACGGGUCAGGAACUGGGACAAGAGACCGUAAACUGCAGGGCACUGGCGGAGACCAUAGCUGAAUACUUUGGAGGGGAGAAGAAAGACUGGAUGUUGGAGAAUGACGGAUGGGAGGGCUUCUGUGCGUACGCCCGCACUGCCAGACAGGCGAGCCUGGACUCGUCCAUGAAGACGGCGCUGUUCGCUGCUGCUGGCGUUGGCCUCGCCGGGCUCACCUUCCUCCUGGUGCGCUAGGCGGCCCGCUGCCCCCUCCACGCGUCCACGUCAAUGUUCUCAGUUCAUCCAGCGCGACUACGUAGACGUUUGAACCCUAACUGCGAUGCUGCGACAAACAGGCUUAAUCUGUUGUGAUUUCAGGGUUGUGAUCUCAUGUCAUCGACUGAAUGUUUGCACAAACUCGGAACCCCCCACACACACACACACACACACGCACCCAUACAGAUGUCGUGUCACUCGCUCCUUAAGAUUGUAAAAAUACAUUUCAAUGCCUUCAGAAACUUUGGAGCGAGUGGCGUGAGUCUGCAUAUCUUAGUCCUGAAGCACAGUCUCCUGCACAGAAUGGCCUCGCUUUCAAAGUGUCGUCGACUGUGCAGUGAAGACGUAAUUUCAGUUUGCCCACCUUUUUGUUUUUUUUGUUUUGUUUUUUUGAGUUUUUAUAAAAUUGUCAGCUGCCUUUUCAAUUCACGUGUUUACCUGACUUGUGUAUGUGGAAUAGAGACAUUCUAGUGUACAAUGUAUAAAUUAAUAUAUUAUAUUUAUAAGGAAUGAAAGCGUAAGCAGUGGCCCUUUUUCUAACCGCUCUGCAGCUAACUCUUCGUCCUGCAUUCAUGUGAACCGUCUGAUUGACUCGGUCGGCGGAGCUGCACAGUACGGUCACGACGACCACACAAUGGUGCUAUAAUAUAGUGUGAAAUGUUUCAUAUCAACCAAACCAGGGACCAAUCCGACUUCAAGCCUAUUGCUAUUAGAACAAGGCGAUGCUAUGACGCCCCUCCCGCCCCCCAAAACUCUUAAACAUUAUAUUUUUACAUUGUUUUCGUUCUAUUUAUUCUUCACUGUUUUUGUAAUAAAAGGAAACCAUCGUGAA